AUGGCUACUGCUGCGACGGAGGCAACCAACAUGGACCAGCAGGUCGAUCUCUCCACCAUCCCCAUCUCCCCCAAGGGCGCUGAGAACGCCAGCGAGGCCAAGGACGACAGCAAGCCCGUGACGGUCUUCCACGACAAAGAUAACUUCAAUGUCAAGCACCCCCUCCAGAACAAGUGGACUCUCUGGUUCACCAAGCCCCCGAGCGGAAAGGGCGAUAACUGGAACGACCUGCUCAAGGAGGUCAUCACCUUUGAUUCAGUUGAGGAGUUCUGGGGUGUCUACAACAACGUUGCUCCCGUUUCAGAACUUGCCCUCAAGUCCGACUACCACCUCUUCAAGGCUGGCGUCCGCCCUGAGUGGGAAGACCCCCAGAACAAGCACGGUGGCAAGUGGUCCUACCAGUACAAGGACAAGCGCAAUGUCGAUGUCGACCGCCUUUGGCUGCAUGUCAUGAUGGGCGCUAUCGGUGAGACGCUCGAAGAGGAGGACGACGGUGAGGUCAUGGGCGUUGUUGUCAACGUCCGCAAAGGCUUCUACCGUAUCGGUGUCUGGACUCGCACCAUAGGAAAGAGCAUUCCCGGACGAGGCGAUGGCGAUGUUGCCGGCGGAAAGGGCCGAAGCUCGGAGAAGGGUAAGGAUAUUCUCCUAUCUAUCGGACGCAGAUUCAAGGAGACCCUUGAGCUCCCCAGCAACGAGCAGAUCGAGUUCUCUGGCCACACAGACAGCGCUCACGCUGGUAGCACCAGAGCCAAGGCCAAAUAUGUGGUGUAA